AUGGCCAACUCUGGUAUUCAGCUGCUGGGGUUUUUUAUGUCGUUAAUUGGGAUCGUGGGCCUGAUCGUCGGAACUAUUCUGCCACAGUGGAAGAUGUCGGCGUACAUCGGGGACAACAUCAUCACCGCCGUAGCCAUGUACCAGGGUCUGUGGAUGUCCUGUGCCUUCCACAGCACCGGACAGCUCCAGUGUAAAAUCUAUGACUCCAUUCUGCAGCUUGACAGUUCACUUCAGGCCACUCGUGCCUUGAUGAUAGUUGGCAUCAUUGUGUCCAUCGCAGGCUUAGGUGUGUCCUGUAUGGGAAUGAAGUGCACCACAUGUGGUGGAACGGAAAAACUACGCAAGUCCCGCAUCGCCAUGACAGGAGGCAUCAUCCUGCUGGUCGGCGGCCUCUGUGCCAUCGUGGCCUGUUCCUGGUUUGCUCAUAAUGUCAUCCGGGCCUUCUAUAAUCCCUACACUCCUGUCAACACAAAGUUUGAAUUUGGUGCAGCCAUCUUCAUUGCCUGGGGAGGCUCCCUCCUCGAUGUCCUGGGUGGGGCCAUGUUGGCCGCUUCCUGUCCAAGGAAGAAGCAGGUAUCCAAGUAUCCAUCCACGGGCAGCUCCCGUUCUGCUGCCCAGAGCAGCACUAAGGAAUAUGUCUGAGAGCCCAGCCUGGGACUUGGACCAAGAAGUUCCUUCUAUUGUUCAGCACCAGCCAGGAAUAAAACUGAAGGUUUAUGGGCAGUUACCGUAGGAAAUAUAGAAAGAUGCAAGAGACACAGAAAUGGGACUUUGACCUUAUGUUUACUUCACUGUUGAGGUGAUUGGCCGCCCAAUUAUCGAGCCCCCAUCUCACUUAUUUCACAAAUGAUGUCUCACACCCAGUGCACACAUUCUACAGUUGUUUACAAGUAGGCUUCACAAACACACUAUAAUUGGAUCCCCUGACUUAAUAGACAACUCUGAGGGUGUAACCCCUUGAAUAGUAGCCUAAAGGCUGGAUGGUAGCCAACACUUGCACAUCUGUGCUAAAAAUGGCAUCUAUUAGCAUUUGCCAUGUAAUUGAAAGUAAUCAAUUCCAGUUUGGUGUCUCAGCUACGAUUCAGGGCCUGUGUACAACACAGCCGCAGGGUGACGCCCACGCCAUUUUAUAUCAACAGUCGGUGCCUCUCAAAAUAGUUGUGAUGAGCAGGGUGUGACUUCACACACACAAGACCGUGUAGGAGGAGUGUAUCACACGGGACUUUUACUACAACAGUCACUACAGGUCAUGUACUUCUUCAUACCGGCCUGUUACAAACCCUGCUCAGCAAUGAAAUACUUCAUGAUGUUGUCACUGUGCCAUUUGUGCUCUCAUAUUUUCCACAUCAGCCUCUAAGAGUCCAAACUGCUUCUAUUUAUUUUGUCCAACACUGCUUUUUGCUCUUGUGUAGAUUAGCAUAAUUGUAGUUUAUUGUGGCCCUAUUGUUUCACUUUUAAUUUUCUUUUUCUUUUUUUUUCUUUUUUUUAUAAAAUGUUUUUAUGCUCCGAACAGCGCCCGCUGUUGGUUUUUCUAUGUCAUUUUAUAUACUUUGCUUAUCUCACAGGUGAUUUUCUUGUGGAAAGCCGAUGGAAAUUCUUAACAUGUACGACAAAACCAUAAUAAAAGAUUGCAACAACCUUAAUUUUGUUAAUUCAUGAAACUCAAUAGACAACAGAGUUCUCUCUUCAGCUGGAUUCUGUUGAUAUCUUUUGUCACACAGAUGGACAGACUAGAUUGAUAGCAGACAUAAUCUGUUGCUGAUCUAUCCAUCCAGCAAUCUAGCAUGUGGUCACACCAAAGUAAAGUAUUUGACAUUCUAACACAGAUUUAUUUUUUUAUUUUUUUUACAAAUUCACCAAGUGUAUUCACAGGUUUUUUCUUUGCUAGUCAAUGCUCAGGUACAGGCAGAACUACAAAAAUACUCAAGAGGAAACCAUUAAUGAACAAAUAAAAACAAUUUAAAAGUUUAAGGAGGUGUCUCCAGUUGCUGCUGGAAUCUGGCCUCUUACAUUGAAACCAGAUACAGAGGACUAAUCACCUGCCACGAUCCACCUGAAACGCCCUGCUAAUUACACGCCUUAAACGAACUGCAUUCACGAUUCAUUAUUUCUUUUAGGCCAUGUACCACCCAGCUGAUGGAGGGAUAGAGAAAGCCUUGUAGCCUAUGUGCAUGAAUUUUACAUUUAAUAUAGUUUUAAUAUAUGUUUACAUGCUCAAUCUAUCUACUUCUGAUCCGGCUCCCCUGUUCAAUUUCAGUAAUUGUGGCCACACUCUCACACCUCUCUUUAUUAUAGACUAAUCCAAAUGACUGUACUGUUAACAUUGAAAAAUUUUGAGGAAAUUAUGUAUUACACACAAUUUGUGAGUUUGUGGAUUUGUAUGGCGGCUUGUGUAAUGUAUUAAGCUUAAACAUAAAAGUUGCUUAAACUUCUGUGAAGCUGUUCCCCUUAAAAGAAAAAGAGGAUGGACGGUGGACUUACUGGAUAUAAAGUUCUGUCUAUGUGUUGACUUUUUAAACCAAUUAAAUUUAUAAAUUAUUAAACAAGACUAUCCAAUCAAUUUAAUAAUAAUAAAAAGAUGUCUAACGUACUAAACAUUUGAUCCACCCCCACCCUCCCUGUAGGGAUUGAAGACUUGUUGAAGACCUCUGGUGUAGAGUAUGAGUAGUAUGCUAUCACAUCUGCAGUAUAUGAAGGCACAGUUUCACACCAAUAAUGUAAUACCCUGGGUUGCAGAAGUGUAAAUUAAGCAUUUUGUAUAUUUUUGACUUUUUCAGGUGUCAGAAAUGUAAACGUUUGGUGUUUAACUAUAUCAGUUAUUAUUUUAAUCAUAUAUCUAGUAUGACAAUAAUCUGUUUCCUGAUUAUCAAACACCUUUUUUACAGAGACACGAAUCAUGUGCAUGUUCAAGUCAGUCCACUACAAAUAAAGAGCAAGACUACACAUAGAUUCAUCAUUUAUUUCUUGAGAUGCAUUACGAAAAAUAGUCAACCACUUUCAUGCAAAUGCAACCUAAACAACGAUCGGAGUCCGAGGUUGUGCUGUGAACUGAAGUGCUUCCAUGAAGCGGCGUGAGCUUGGUAACCGCUUCACAGCUAAAGUAACGUUAUCAAAAUUAGCCUUUUAGAAGACAUUACAUCGUCCCACGACCUAGUACAAUCAAUAUUCCCUCCCUGUGGUAAGAUUGUCUCAGCAUUUAGAGCAAAUUGUAAGAUACUUGUUUUUUUGUUGUCCCAUGCUGUAACUGUACAGACUGACGUUAUUCCUCACAACAGGUCCUCAAAACCUGAAAGACAUUCUCACACCACAGGUGUAGCUUAAUAAACGUGUGUGCAUUCCUAACAAGCUUAAGAUUUGUCAUCAAAUAUUAUUUGGCAUUUUUCCUCCAACCCUCGCUUUUGAGAAUUGCCUGUGAUCACAACUGGGGGGAGGGCGCACCAGCGAAAACACACAAAACCUUUAAAAUUGUAUUGUUGUUUUGUGAUUAUUUUUUUGCUGAUUCUGCAGCCCGAGAAAACAAUGAGCUCACGCUGACUCUGCAGGCGCUGAAGAGAAAAA